AUGCCUUCUACCAACUUGAGAUCUCUUGAAUUUAUUCUUGUUACCGCCCAACGCUCUCCAUCUAAUAAUAUCAAAUCAAAAGAUUUAGAAGAAUAUGAUGGAAAAUUGAGAAAUGCAAUGAUAGAGUGUGAUGACGACAAAGAUGUAGAAAUUGAUGCUAAUGAAUAUAAUCUAGUUGUUGAUUUUGAUGAAUACGGUCUUAUGAAUUUAUUAAUUAUAUUAAGAUUAUUUGAAAUGAUAAUAUUAUUGAUAUUCGGUGUUUUUAACCUUGGUAUAGUACUAAAGAAUGGUAAAGCUUUAGAGCAUUUUAAAGAAAGCAAAAAAACAAAGAUUAGAAUUACACGAUAA